CGUCUUCAUGGCUGUCUGACGAGUUCGCCAGCUCUGCAUUUUUUGGUUCUCUUUAUUUAUUUAUUCAUUUUAGUGAUUAAACUUUGAUAGAAUGGUUGAUUUUGAAAUUGAAACUAGGGUUUAUUAUUCCUAAGGAUUUGGAUCACUACUAGGGGAAAGACAUAAAAUCAAGUUUAGUGGAGCUACACAAAUAAUGUGAUUCAAUGGAAGCAGAAGAAGAGGGCAUGAACAACCAUGAAAAGCUUUCUGGCUUUAUUUUCAUGUGUAAUAGUGCGACAAAACCAGAUUGCUACCGAUACCGUGUCUUUGGGCUUCCUGCAGGGAGAAAGGAUGUUGUAGAGAAAAUCAAUCCUGGCACAUACCUUUUUCUGUUUGACACUGAUGUGAAGCUUCUCUAUGGCCCAUAUAUAGCAACCUCAACUGGGAAGCUAAAGUUAGAACCAUUAGCUUUUGGUCGGAAAUUCCCUGCUCAGGUGAGAUUCAAAGUUUACGUGGACUGUUUACCCUUACCAGAGAAUUGCUUUAAACAUGCUAUUCGGGAUAAUUACCAGAAAAACAACAACAAAUUCAACCCUGAACUCAAUAUUAGACAAGUAAGAAGUUUAUUAGAAUUGUUUCGCCCAUUACAUGUAUCGUCAACUGCACCUACACAUCCUGUUUUGAAGAAGAUAUACUCUCCCUCAGAGAUGCCACUUCCACCAGUGAAUAAUGUUUUUCAUCAGAUAUCAAGGCCAUCCAUUUCUGAAGAUGCAUAUUUAUCUAGGAUGUUACCUGAUCAAACACCAAGGAAGUUGAACUAUAGACAUGUAAAUGAACUGGAGGAGCCUACUGGUUGUGCCUAUCCUGUCAUUAAUUUGAUGCCAAAUUCAGCCGCAGCCCAAUCUUUGCCAUCCCAAGCUUCAAGGAAUCAGCUUCAUGCCUCAGCAAGUACACUUACUCUGGAGGGUACUUAUGCAGCUGGGAUGGGCACCAGUUAUACUCGACCACUGCUGGAUUAUCAAUAUACACAUCAGAAUAUACUUAACCGGCAACCUGAAUUUCAUUCAUCCCUGUUGAAUAAGGGCAGCGGUUAUGCUCAGUCAUUGCAAGAUCCUCAAUAUGCACAUCAUAAUAUCCUACAUCCACAACCUGGAUUUCAUUCUUCCAUGAUAACUACGGGUAGCAGUCAUGCUCAAUCACUACAAGAUCCUCUACAUCAACAUCAGAGUAUCCUACAUCCACCACCUGGAUUUCAUUCUUCCGUGAUAACUAUGGGUAGCAGUCAUGCUGAAUCACUACAAGAUACUCAACAUCAGAGUAUCAUACAUCCACAACCUGAACUUCAUUCUUCCACAAUAACUAUGGAUAACAGUCAUGCUCGAUCACUACAAGAUCCUCAACAUCCACAUCAGAGUGUCUUAAACCCGCCACGUGAUUUUCAUUCCUCAGUAGCGAAUGUGGGCGGCAGUUAUGCCCAAUACGAUACACACCAGAAUAUCCUUAAUAUGCAGUCUGACUCUUAUUCCUCCAUGGCGAAUAUAGGCAGCAGUUAUGCUCAAUUGCCAGAUCCUCAACACACGCAUCAGGAAACCCAAAAUCUACAACCCUAUUUCAAUUCCUACUCAAUGAAUAUGGGACAUGCUGAUGUCACGAUGCAGUCACAUGCUUCUUCAUCAUUAUACUAUCCAUACGUUCCUCAACAAGUUGUGUCUGCCACAUAUUCGGGCCAAGGGUCUGGAGCCAUACAAGGGUUGAUAUCUAGUGAUCAACAAACCGGAACGGGAAGUGAGUAUUAUCAGUCAUCUAUGCUAACAGAGAAUAAAUCUAUGCAAGAGAAUGUUGUGAGCCACCUGUAUUCAGCAAAUUCCUAUCCCAAGUGCUGAAUUGCAUGUCCAAAUGUGAGGGGAUCUUGGUCUGGAAAUUUGACAUAUUCCAUUUGCUUCCGUAUGUACAUAUACAGGGGCCACAUAAACCUAUUGUUGGUGCAUGCUUUUUUUUGCCAGGUAGAAAUUUGACACUAGAGGGCAUAGUGGCCUUCCCUGUUAUGUACCAGGAAACUUGCAUAAUAACAAAUUUGCAGAACUGGAUCUAAUAUACAAAAAUUACUGUUUCCAUUUGAGUUGCCUUUAUGUAGAUGAAUUGCUGUUACACGUCCUUCGUGACCUUCGUAACUGCCUAUCUGUGCAGGCUAUCUGGGUGCAGUUCAUUCCGUCCAAUUUGCACCGAGAUUUUAUGGCUUCAGACUUGCAAAAGUGGCUUAAGGAAUGCCCUUUCAUUAGGUUGGUUUACUCUCAAACUUUGAUAGUGCUUCCAAAUCUGAGUGGGUGUGGGCUUCUCUUUUAGGUGAGAGAGUCUUGGUCAUUUUAUUCAUGCUUAUUCUAGACAUUGUGGUAGAGCUAUGAUUUUAAAGCUGAAUGUUGAGGUGUGGUAAUUGGCUUAGAAAUGACUUGGAACAUGGUGUAUAGAAGAUUAAUUUUGUAGCGUGACAAUAAAAUUUGUAAUCUAUAAAUUGAAGAUGGCUGGUAGGUAGUACAAGAGCUGAAUGCGUUGACUGGUUAGUUACGAAUGCGUUGCAUGUCUUUCGAAACCUUGUAGUUAC